GAUUAUGAGGUGGCUAAGCGUACGUGACCAAGCUACUGGUAGCGUUGCGUGCCACGAGAGGAGAGGUCGCUGGGGUGCCAGAGGUCUCAGGUGGCGGCGGGCGUCGCCGGCGACAUGUGCAGCGGGCAGGAGUACUGCAGGCGGGAGCGCGCGUUCCGCGCGUCCCUGCACGGGGACGCGGGCGCGGCGGGCGGGCGCGGCGCGCAGGUGGAGGAGGCGGCCGCGCGCGGCGGCGGCGAGGGCGCCGAGACGGCGCGCGCGCGGGAGGCCGAGCGGGAGCGGAGGCAGCGGCGGCCGCGGGAAGCGGAGGCCGGGGCCGAGAGGACGGAGAAGCUCAUGCACCUGCUCCUCUGGGGGCCCAACUGACCGUCCCCGACUAGUAGUCACCAGGCCCAUGGUCUCGUAUUACCGUCUUGUUUUCUGGAAAGAACUCUUGUGUUUGAAAAAAAAGCUUCAGCUGGUUCUCAGAUGUAUAAUUCUAAGCUAAUCCGAUCCGAUCCUGCUGCAAUCCAACCAGUGCAUUCUGAUGCUGUUGCCAGGAUUCAGCUAGUUUUCCCAUCAGUUGAAUUGUGCCGUAGACCCGUAGUACCAGGUCGCAAGCAAAAACUUGUCCAGUGAGAUAUGUUGGCACCUUGUCUAUGUAUGUGUUUACUUUCAUGUGGGGAGAGAGGAUUGCAGUUUUCUA